UUUUUUGGAGGCUAGUACAGGUCGUGCUGCAAUUAGUUCAUUGAAAACUCAGUUGCUCUCCGAGCUGUCGAGCAGAGACUGCUUUCGGCUUUUUUCCUGCUGACUGUUAAAAUCUCCUAUAGAGAGCUGCAACAAUGCCCAAAAGAAAGGCUGCAGGUCAAGGUGAUAUGAGACAGGAGCCAAAAAGAAGAUCGGCCAGACUGUCUGCUAUGCCUGUGCCCAUUACACCAGAGUUGAAGUCCAAAAGAACAUCAACUCCAAGGAAAAUGAAGGCAAAAAAUGAUACGAUGGAAAAAAACACUGAUACAAGUGCCAAAGCAAUUACUGAAACCAAGCAAGAAGUUGUUGUUGAAGAACACAACAAUGAAAAUACUGAAAAUGGAGAAUCCAUAGCUAUAGAGGCACCAGUUCCUGAAAAAGAAAUUGAGGAAAUAGAAGAAAAAAUUGCAGAUGUCAAAGAAGAGAGAGGAGAAAAGGAAGAACCA